GGCCCACAGCGCUGCCUGUCCGUCUGUCUGUGUGUCCGUCCGUCUGUCUGCCGCCGCUGUCUGUGGGUCUGCUAACAGGCACUGCGCUCCGCUGGAAACUCUGGGAUUAUGACAUCCACGCAUGGAAUAUCUGGGAUUGGUUUGUGCUCCAUCCAGGCCUGAGAUGCGGCUCUAAAAUGUCGGCGUUUCCCGCUGUUUUCCAGUUUUCUGCUGGAUGUGAGCGUGUGAUGGCUGCGCUCCAGUGAACGGGGAGCACGUUGACUGGAUCUGCCUGUUCACUCCACCACUUCUGGAGCGAGUCUUGUCUGUUUUAACCGGAUUUAUCUGGACAUAUGGAGUGUACAUGAACACUGGUCGGAUAGGGAUUCCAAACGGGGAGGCGAUGUGGGGAGCAGGGAGGAGGCGCGGGGUCCUGCCCUGAGGAGGCGUCCUGCGGCUGGGAGGAGCGCGGCCCUCCUGUGGCCCCCCUGCGACGCUCCGGGACGCUCCUACUAAGAUGUCCCUCAGCAGCGGCCCUGCAGGCGGGAAAGGUGUGGACUCCAACGCGGUGGACACGUACGACAGUGGCGAUGAGUGGGAUAUCGGUGUUGGCAAUCUGAUCAUUGACCUCGACGCCGACUUGGAAAAGGAUAAACUAGAGAUGUCGAGCAGUAAGGAGGGAGGGGGCUUGGGAGGCCCCCCCAGCGCUGUGGCUGCUUUACCUGACAAUAUAAAGUUUGUUAGUCCUGUGGUGGCUGCACAGGGCAAAGAGAGCAAAUCCAAAUCCAAGCGCAGCAAGAACUCUAAGGACAGCUUGAAAGCCCCGGUCUCGGACGGAGCCAAGAAGGAGAUUCCGGGUCGCGUCUCUGCGGACCCGCCCCCCCAGAACCCCAACUCCACCCCGCCCAAGGGAACUGACAAGUUGAGUAAACCCUCCCGUACUCUCCCCACUGUGAAAAAGGACAAGGAUAGUGUGUCUGGGAAGAGUAAGAAGGAGAAAAUGGAGGUUGUGGCCACAGGAGUGGUAAGCACUGAGAAAGAGUCUGGGGCCCCUGUUCUGCCAUUGGGGGCCCCUCGCAGCAGCCCGUUCGAGGGCCAACUAAACCCCGAAUUAGCUGUGAGUGAGCAGCUUGGGAAUAUUAUGGCACUGGACUCGACGGGGAUCGGCCAGCCUGUCGCCAUGGUGGCAGAGCAGGAGGAGUUGGACGGAGGAGAGUGUCGAAAUCUGAAGAAGCUCGUCAGUGGUGAAAAGAUGGAGUCUCCGGUCUCCACGCCUGCUCCUCCUCCGCUCCACCUCCUCGCCCCCGUCAUCAACAGCGACAUCUCGUCGCCCUGCGAGCAGAUCAUGGUCCGCACGCGCUCGGUUGCAGUGAACACGGCGGACGCGGCACUGGCGACUGAGCCGGAGUGCCUGGGACCCUGUGAGCCAGGCACCAGCGUCAACCUGGAGGGAAUCGUGUGGCAGGAGACGGAGGACGGCAUGCUGGUUGUGAACGUCACCUGGAGAAAUAAGACGUAUGUGGGAACCCUGCUGGACUGCACUAGACAUGACUGGGCCCCACCAAGGUUCUGCGAGUCGCCCACCAGCGACGUGGAGAUGCGGAGCGGACGUGGUCGGGGAAAGAGGAUGCGGCCCGGCAGCAACACGCCACUUAAUGACAACAGCAACUCGUCGGACAACAAAGGCAGUGGAAGCAGCAAGACGCGCGGAGCCGCCGCCAACACCAAAGGGCGGCGAGGCAGCCAGACGACGGGUGGUGCCGAGGACGCUAAGGCCAGCCCGUCGUCCGCCAAGAGGAAGACGAAACCUGCCUCCGACAUGGAGCCCACGUCCAGCUCCGAGGACACGAAGGCGUCCAAACGUAUGAGGACUAACUCUACCGGUGCUGCCCCCACCCCUCUGGGCGGUAAACCCGAUCCCCUCCCCCCUCCGCAGCUGGACCGCACCUGCCCCUCCCCCGUGCUCAUUGACUGCCCCCACCCCAACUGUAACAAGAAAUACAAGCACAUCAACGGGCUGAAGUACCACCAGGCCCGAGCCCACAACGACCACGAUGUACGCUUGGACCAGGACGGGGACAGUGAAUACGGGGACGACCCCGCCCUCCAUCCUGACCCCGCCUCCUGCAACGGUGCCGCCAUCUCCCCUGCGCGCUCCACGACACCUAAAGGACGAGGCUUUGACGCACCCUCCCCCUCAUCGGGGAAAAUGGCGUCAAAGGGGAAGAAGAAGGCAGGGGAGGCGGAGCUCGAGGUGACGGACGGCGGUGAGGAGGUGGCGUGUUUGACUGACGAGGCCAGCAACGACGGUAUGGACGACAGAAAGGCCAAGAAGGUGGUGGGCGGAGGGAAACCAGAUAAAGGGGCCCAGAAAGGCCUGAAACCGGGCCGUCCUUUAGCCCCCGCAGCCACUGGAGCUCCUUCACCUUACGCCCUGCAGGCGUCCUCCCCCGCUCUGGGCUCAGUGGUACAGUCCAUCCCCAAGAGCCCCCAGCUGAAAAACAGCCAGCCUAAACCCCCUCCUUUGGCUGACCCCGCCUCCAGCCCCGCCCUUGCCAAGGACAAGAAGAAAAAGGACAAGAAGAAGAGGGAGGGAGUGAAGGAGGGGGACAGCCCAAAGGCCAUGUGCAAGGGGGGGAGGCCGGAGGAGGGGAGGAGCCCGUACUCUGAUCCGUCUGAUGCUCUGCUCAACGGCUCCUCGGAAGCUCACCAGAGCCGGCUCGCCAGCAUCAAAGCUGAGGCCGACAAGAUUUACAGCUUCUCGGACAACGCCCCCAGCCCGUCCAUAGGUGUGGCCAGCAGGAUGGAGGCUGGCCUUGCUCCGCCGCUCCACCUCAACCAGAACGGAGCCGACAACGCGUCCAUCAAAACCAGCAGCCCCGCCUACUCCGACAUCUCUGACGCGGGGGAAGAUGGCGAGGGAAAGGCGGACGGCGUGAAAGUGAAGGCGGAGCCUGACCAGGGUCCUCGCGAAAGCGCCAAGAAGGCACUGUUUCCUCCACAGCCGCAAAGUAAGGAGUCACCCUAUUUCCCCAACUACGACUCCUAUUACUCGCCCAGUUACCCCAACCCCAGCCCGGGGGCAGCACCGGCGGCUCCACCACACACAGAGGGAGCUCAGGUAAAGGUGAAAAAGGAGGAGGAGCCAGACGUGGGAGAGGAGAUCAAACUCAAGGUGGAGCCUCAGGAGGAAAGGAAGGUGGAGCCGGGGCCUCAGCAGCCGUCAGUCAUCCAGCAGCGCCCCAACAUGUACCCCCAGCCUCUCUACUACAACCAGUACUAUGUACAGCCCUACUCCUACUCGCCCGACCAGGCAUACCACGCCCACCUGCUGGCCUCUAACCCCGCCUACCGCCAGCAGUUUGAGGAGCGGCAGCGACAGGCCGACAAGAAGGCUGAGAGCAAAGAGCGCGAGGCAGCCGGGAAAGACGAGUGGAAGCAGAAAGCAUCGGUGCCCCCAACGCUGACCCGGGCCCCCAGCCUCACCGACCUCACCACCAAGGGCCCGCUCAACCCGGGCAAGUCUAAAGAGCCGCCGCCACUGCCGUCGUCCGAGCAGGCCAAGUCAGUCAUCAUGGCCAAGGCGGAGGAGGCCAAGGCCCCCAGUGUCCAGUCUGAGGGUCUGAAGAUGAAGCUGAGUGAAGCAGGGCAUCAUGGGAAGGAGGAGGCAAAGCAGGGUGUGGAGUCAGGCAGGCCGACAGGCGUGGAGCCCGCCAUGUGGUACAGACAGGAGCCCGACUCGCGCCUCUGGCCGUACGUCUACCCCAACAAGUACUCGGAGGCUCCCAAGCCGCAGGAGGAGGACCGGUGGAAGGAUGAACGCGAGCGAGAGCGGGACAGGAAGGGGAAGGAGGAGCGGCCGCGGGCAAAGGAGAGCCUCCAGAAAGAGGAGGCAAAGGAGGCGGUGGAGGGCAGGACGCAGCUGCCGCCGGAGGAGCACCGCGGGCCGGUGAAGGAGGCUCACCCCCCUCACAUGCAGUUCUCCUCCCCCCUCACACAGCACCAGGGCUACAUGCCCUACAUGCACGGACCUUACGCCUACAGCCAGGGCUACGAGCCCAGCCACCCCGGCUACAGAGGCAUGCCCUCUGUCAUGAUGCAGAACUACCCCGGCUCGUACCUGCCACCCGGCUACUCCUUCUCCGCAUAUGCGGGGAAGGUGGCGGCAGCGGAGGAGGGCGACAAACCCUCCCGGUCCAGUCCCACGGUGAAGCCGAGUGGUGAGGCCAAAGCCCUGGACCUGCUGCAGCAGCACGCCAGCCAGUACAAGAGCAAGUCCCCGUCCAUCCAGGACAACAAGACCCCGCACGAGAGGGAGCGGGAGAGGGACAGCGAGCGGCCGCGGUCCUCGCCCUCGCAGCGCAUCCUCCCGUCCCACCAUCACCUGGGUUACCCACUGCUGUCAGGACAGUACGACCUGUCCUACGCCUCAGGUCUCUCGUCUUCAGCCAUUGUUGCCAGUCAGCAAGCGUCCUCUCCGUCCAUGUACCCCCCAGCACGGAGGUGAGACUGACACACCUGAUUGGCUGACCCCGCCCACCAUCACCCUGCCCGGUGUCAUGUGACUGGAUCACAUGAGGAAACGCGUCUGAUUCAACAUCAGCUUGAUGGCAUUUGAUUUCUGCGCCUGGACGUCCAGACAGGAAGCUCCGCCCCCACCCCCGCGCCUCACUGGACUGAACGCCCCGCCCUCUCAUGGUUCCUCUGGUUCUGGGCGGAGUUCGGCCCCGAGGACGGGCGUGGCAGUGAGACGCGGUGGGUCAUCGGCACUGUCGGGCAGAGCAGCCGCCGUUGGUCGGGAGGCGGGGUCUAGUGGGUGAAGGGGGACGUCACGUGGCGGCGGGAGGCGGGCGAGGCUCAGCAUGACCUUUUGACCUCUGAGAACCUGACCCCACCCACUCGUUUCUCCGCUUCACCGGAAAUUUUUUUAAAAACAAAAUUAAAAUAAAUAAAACGCUGUGGGCGGAGGAGGACGGACCAAUCAGAGGGCAGCGAUGGGACUGGAGCUGCUGCCUCAGACUGACUGACCCCGCCCCCUUCUCCUCCUCCUCAGUGUGUAGCUGUACUGUACUCUGUGUGUGUAUGUGUGUGUGUGUAAAUACUGUACAGAGGAAUUAUUUUAAAGAGCCUGUUGAUGCUGUUUCCUACUCUUCUUUUUGUCUGUAGCCUCUGUUUUUCUACUGUUGUUGAUCUGAUAUUAAACCUGUAGCUGGUGAAACGGCGCCGAA